AUGGGGAAACUCUCAGUCAUGUCUGGAAACAUCUGGAGGGGCAGACAGCAUGAGGUCAUUGCUCUCAUCCGGGUUCGCCACACGUGUACGUCUGUCUGCGCUGAAGAAAUCACCCCAGAGCAGGAAUCUGAAGAGAGGAAGUGCAAUUACGAGCGCUAUAGAGGUCUGGUGCAGAAUGACUUUGCGAACAUCUCAGAGGAACAGUGUCUGUACCAGAUUUAUGUGGAUGAACUCUACGGUGGCCUACAGAAACCAAAUGAGGAUGAGAAGAAAAAACUCUCUGAGAAGAAAGCUCAGAUCGGUUAUACAUAUGAGGACACAACAGUGACUGAACCAGAAGAACAGAUGGAGAAGGGAAAUGAGGAUGACUCAGAAAACAGCGAGUCAGAGGAAGACGAAGUCAUCCCUGACAUUGAUGUUGAGGUGGAUGUAGAUGAACUGAACCCAGAGCAGGUGACGGAGAUUAACAAGAUGGGAACCACUUAUGGCAUGGCGGAAGGGGAUUUUGUAUGGAUGUUGAGGAAGGACAAGGAGGAAGUGGAGGCCAUUAAGCAUGCAAAAGCACUGGAGGCAGAGAAGGCCAUGUACUCUGGCCGGCGGUCUCGCAGACAGCGAAGAGAGUUUAGAGAGAAGUAUAUGAAAGGCAGGCAGAUCAGCCCACCCAGCUAUGCCAGAAGAGACAGUCCUACAUACGACCCCUACAAAGGGCCAGAGUCAGACUCAAGUUCAGAGUCACGCUCUCGUUCUCGAACUCCAGGCAAUGAUAAGAUCACUUUCAUCACCAGCUUUGGGGGCAGUGAUGAUGAGGGAGCCUCAGCCACACAAGCCCCACCUGCAGCGGCGUCAAGCCACACCUCCUCCAACACCGCAGGUCAUAGCAGAGGCUCCCGCCGAAGACGUUCUUCCUCCAGUCACUCGUCCUUUUCCUCCCGCUCCUCUUCACACCGGUCCUCACGCUCAUCCUCACGUUCCCGCCGGAGUCGUCAUUCUCGUGGGGGCAGGGACCGGGACAGCCGUUACUCCAGAUCUCGCUCUCGCCGGCGGUCUGACUCCCGUUCACGGCAACGCAGUGGAGGAGUUGGCUCGAGGAGACGAUACGACAGGACUAGGUCUCGUUCCACAGAUCGUGGUAGAGACAGAAACCUUGAAAGAGACAGAGACCGGGACAGGGGGAGGCGCUACACAGGCCACAGACGAACCAGGUCUCGCUCGCGUUCUCGUUCAGGUGAUCAUUACCAGCGGCGGAGUCACAGCACAGCAUACAGGAGGGGUGGGAGCAUCAGACAAAGCCCCUCCCACUCACCUGCAGUGAGCCGCAGCCUUUCCCCCUCCUCCCAUUCUGCUACACUUACACCUGCUUCUGCAGACAAACUGAGAAAGCCUGAAAAUCCGGAUGGUAAAGAGACUGGAGCUGCCAAACCCAAAAUGACGCCACAAGAGAAGCUCAAACUCCGAAUGCAGAAGGCUCUAAACAAGCAAUCCAAGGCGGAUAAGAAGGCAGCACAAGCCAAGAUCCAGCAACAAGAGCACAAGCGACAGGAACGAGAAGGAGUUCUUCGUGCAAUGGCAAGGAAAAUACGCAUGAAGGAGAGGGAACAGCGCGAAAAAGAGAAAGAUGAAUGGGAGAGGCAGUAUGGACGUCAGAGUCUCUCGCCCUCCCCCAAUGCCAAACAAGGUCGAGACUACAGCUCAUCCAGAAGGAGAUCACGCUCAAGAUCACGGAGUCCUCAUUACCGGUACUGAAGCAUCUGCCGAUAAAACUGUCAGGCCACAAGACGUCAAACAGAUGUUUUAGAAGUGAAUGGUGACCAUGAUGGCAAGAGUUUACAUAGUUUUUUGGGGGGAAACAAUAUCAAUAAGAUUCAUUUCACUCACUUCUACAUCUUCUAAAGGAUGCAGUGGAAACAAAGUCAUUUCUAAAAUUAACACCAUGCUCUGAAAACACGUUUCAUCUGCCAUUCUUGAUAUUACACCGCAGGGUUGCCACAAAUGCUCUGAGCUGCUAGGAUUCUAAUAAACUUUGCAGAUUA